AUGCCUGCCCUCGCCAACACGACCCGUGCGAUCGCACGCUCAUGGACAGCCCACCAAUUGCCCGUCGCCCGGGCCGGCUGCACCGCCAUGCAGACCCGCAGCGCCUCGGCCUCCUCCUUCGACAGCCCCUUCAAGGGCAGCUCCGACUCCACCAAGAUCCCCUCGUUCGCUGCGUACAGGAAUAAGGGAGGCGAGACAGGCCCCAAGGUGUUCCAGUACUUCAUGGUUGGCACCAUGGGUGCGCUGUCUGCGCUUGGCGCGAAGGCGACUGUACAAGAUUUCCUCGUCAACAUGUCCGCGUCUGCCGACGUUUUGGCCCAGGCCAAGGUAGAAAUCGAUCUCGCCGCCAUCCCCGAGGGCAAGAACGUCAUUAUCAAGUGGCGAGGCAAGCCCGUCUUCAUCCGACACCGUACCGAAAGCGAAAUCAAGGAGGCCGAUGACACCAAAUGGGAAGCUCUACGUGAUCCCCAGCCCGAUUCCGACCGUGUUAAGCAGCCCGAAUGGUUGAUCAUGUUGGGCGUCUGCACCCAUCUGGGUUGUGUGCCCAUUGGUGAGGCUGGCGACUUCGGUGGCUGGUUCUGCCCCUGCCACGGUUCCCACUACGACAUCUCUGGCCGCAUAAGAAAGGGACCCGCCCCGCUCAACCUCGAGAUUCCAUCGUACGAUUUCCCUGAAGAGGGCAAGGUUGUUAUCGGUUAAGCAAUGAACAUGUAAAGUAACAGAAGAGGAAGACGGACGGAAGCAGCGGGCUGUGUCAAUAGGAGCGAGCAUUACCAUUUCCUUUGCUUUUCUUCAAUAGAUUCGGCUU